UCCUACACAGUCAGUGAGAGUGAGUGAGUGAGUCAGUCAGUGACAGUCAGUGGUCUGUGUUGGUGCGAGCGACCUCUCGAUUUUCCAGUUAUGGAAGGUUACAGAAUAGUCCUGCUUUCACUUCUUCUUGGAAUGGUCAUUGUUCAGUGUCUAGCCUCAACUGACCGUUGUGCUACCGAAGAGCGUGCGAACCCUGGGGGGAAGUGCCGGAGGACCUGUAACGCCUGUAGGGACUGUGGCGAGUGUCUGUGCAAGUCAGGAUACAUCCGUCUCAACAUUGGAGGUCCUUGUGUAUCGGAGGAGUAUUGUCAUACAAUGCACUUUAAAUGGAUGAAGGACGCCAAAUACAACAAUGACAAUACCAACUUCUUCAACUGUAAAUAGUUUUAGUAAUCAUGUCAUUUUCAACACCAAAGUAACGUGCCAAUCAAAACAUUUUGUAUUUAUUUUUUCACUCGUUUAAAAUAAAUUGAGUUUUAAAAUCUUA